AUGACAGCUCCUGCGGGGGGUUCAGGCAAGGGCAAGAAGCAUGGAGGGGAGUGCGUCAAGGUGGUGGUGCGGUGUCGGCCGUUGGCGAGCAAAGAGAUUGCAGAUGGCCGCCAGCGCAUUGUGGACAUGGACUCGCAAACCGGACAGGUCACGGUGCGGAACCCGAAAAUGGACCUCAAGGAGCCCCCCAAGGCGUUCACCUUUGACCAAGUCUUCGACUGGAACAGCACCCAGGAGCAGGUCUACGAGGACGCUGCCAAGCCGAUUGUGAUCAGCGUGUUGGAAGGAUACAACGGAACGGUCUUUGCGUAUGGUCAGACAGGGACGGGGAAGACGCAUACCAUGGAGGGAAGGGACGAGCCAGCGGACCAGCGCGGCAUCAUCCCAAACGCCUUCGAGCACAUUUUUGCCGAGAUCGCGCAAACCGAGGGCACGGAAUUCCUCGUCCGGGCGUCGUUUCUGGAGAUCUAUAACGAAGAGAUUCGGGACUUGCUGGCGAAGAACCCGAACAACAAGCUCGAAUUGAAGGAGAGCGUCGAGACGGGGGUUUACGUCAAGGACUUAACCAGCUUCGUGGUUAAGGGGGUUCAAGAGAUCCGGAACGUGCUGCUGGUCGGGAAGAAGAACCGGACGGUCGGGGCGACCCUGAUGAACCAGGACUCGUCCCGGUCGCACUCCAUCUUUUCGAUCACCAUCGAAACCAGCACGCACAUCAAGGCAGGGCCCAAAGACGACGGGCCGACCAUUCGCGUGGGGAAGCUGAACCUGGUGGAUCUCGCGGGGAGCGAGCGGCAGGGCAAAACGGGGGCCACGGGUGACCGGUUGAAGGAAGCGACCAACAUCAACUGGUCGCUGUCUGCGCUCGGCAACGUCAUUAGCGCUCUUGUCGAUGGGAAGAGUGGGCACAUCCCGUACCGAGACAGCAAGCUCACGCGGCUGCUCCAGGACAGUCUCGGGGGUAACACCAAGACGGUGAUGGUCGCCAACCUGGGCCCCGCAGACUACAACUUCGACGAGACGGUGAGCACGCUGCGGUACGCGAACCGCGCGAAGAACAUCAAGAACAAGCCGCGCAUCAACGAGGACCCCAAGGACGCCAUGCUGCGCGAGUUCCAGGAGGAGAUCGCGCGGUUGAAGAGCCAGCUUCAGCAGUCCGGCGGCGGCGCGGGCCCCAGCGGACGGAUCUCGGACGGAGAGAUGAGCGACGAGCGGAUCGCGCACAUCAAGGAGCAGAUGCGGAAGGAAAUGGAGAGCGGGCUGAACAAGGGGGCGAGCGAAGAAGCGAUGGCAAAAAUGCGAGAUGAGAUCGAGAGGAAAGCGCGGGAAGAGAUGGAGAGUAUGAUGAAAGAGCGGGAGCGGACGGAGGAAGAGAAAAAGCGGAUAGCGCAGGAGCUGGACCGGCAGCACGAAGAGAUGCAGCGGCACUACGAGGAGCUGGCGAACGAGAAGCGGCAACGGGACGAGCUCGCGCGCAAGCUGAAGGCGAUGGAGGAUAAGCUAUUGCACGGAACUAGCAACGGCGAGAACCUGCUCGACAAGGCGGAACGGUUCGAGCGGGAGCUGCAGCAGAAAGAGGCGGAACUCGCGGAAAAGCGGCGAAUCGACGAAGAGAAGCAGCGGAAGAUCGCGGAACUAGAGGACGCCCAACUGACGGCGGAAGAGCGGUACUCUAGCCUGGCAGACGAGAUCGACUCGAAGACCAAAAAGCUGAAACGAGCGAUUGCGAAGUACCAAGGGGCCAAAGCGGAGGUGGAACAGGCGCACCGAGAGAUGCAGGAGUUGAACGAAGAGUUUCAGCGCGAGCGAGAAGAUCUGCUGGAUUCCAUACGCGCGCUAGACCAACAGCUGCGGCUCAAGAACCUUAUUAUCGAGAGCUUCGUUCCGCCGGAAGAGGUGAACAAAAUCAUGCGGCGCGCGCACUGGGACGAGGACCAUGAGCGGUGGAUUUUGGAGGGGGUGCAGUACGCAGGGAAUAAUGCGAAAGCGAAGCGGCCCAUAUCCGCAGCGGGGCAGCGGCGACCAAUCUCUGACUACGCCCGCAUCGCGGUUGCCAUGGGGGAAAACAACCCGCGCUUCAAGGCGGAAAACAUUUUGACGAUGGAGUUGGACAUGCCGGAACGGACGACGUACGACUACGACGGCGGGCCGGGCAACGCGCGCGUGCAGGCGACGCUCAACCACGCGUUUGCGGACGAUGGGGAGCAGCUGUUUUCGGACACCUUGCAGAGCGCGUAUCUGUCGUACGAUGACGGGGACUCGGCGGACAAGAAGCGCGCGGCGAGUAGGGCGGCCGCGCGGCCCAAGUCGGCGCGCCCGAAGUCGGGGCGGCCAAAGACGGCGGCUCGGUCGUGA